AACCACUCACAUCUUUCUAAAUCAAAAAUUUUGGUCUUUGUGAUUGGAUUGUCGACAUCAUUUCAAAUCAGUCUGGAAUGAUCACGUUAGAAGGUUUUGUCGUUCGCUGUCUGGAAGAGUCAGACAAUGCGGAUUCGUGCAAUCACGAAGGAUAACGUACCGAUACACCAGAAAAAAGGCACCAAAAAACCCUUCCACUUAUUGAUAAUUUAAACUUGUUUUUUUGCGAACUGAUUGUUUAUUGGCCGUAGUAAAUACGCACACGUAAUGCCCUAACUCUGUGCCAAUGGCUAAUUAAGCAAAUAUUACCGAUGAAAUGUUCGUACAAAAUUGUACGAACUAGCGUUUAUGCAAUAUAGAUUGUGCAAGGUGGCCCAGCUUGUGAAAAAACUAACGGACAAAGUCAUAAUAAUAACGGCCGUGAAAGCGAUGUUGAGGUUGCAUAAAUAACACCCAGACAACAAAAACCGCUCUAGCACAAUGCUCAGAUCGACUUGACGGCAGAUCUAUUUCUAUCGUUUGUGUUUGCAUUCGUGCAUCGUCGAGUUUGGAAGUUGGAAAUGGCAUUCGUUAAGUGGUUAUUCGUUCUGCUUUUUGCCGGAAGCCAGGCAUUUCCCAAUGGAGCACCGUUGCAAGCAUGUAGAGAUUUAAUUCCACGACAUCCGUUUCCGGCGCAGCGUACUGUAUCGCCUUUUGCAUUGACAGUCACACCUAUCACAAAUCAAGGAAAAAACACUGGUUUAAAAAUAUCUGUUAACGACACGGCGAGUAGUCCGGGAUCGAUCGCGGGAUUCUUAAUUCAAGUACGCGAUGAGAAUUCCGGUCGGUUCAUUGGCAAGCUGUCCAACGUGGCUAAUGUAUCGAAAUACGCGUGCAAUGCGCGCGCGGCAGUGACCCAUAUGGACAAUCGGAAGAAGGUGGUGUCCUCGCUGCAGUUCACAUGGGAUCCCGCGGGAGAGGUGGACGGUGUCGUCCAAGUUCGUGUUUAUGCAACAAUCGUGAAAGCCGCUAAUCAGUACUGGACACCUGUUGCUUCCCAGCUUUCGUCAUAAGUGCGUAAGCCGAUUUCUUAGCUACGCUGUACUGCGAACAAUUAUACUGUUUUCUAAAGCUGUGUCAGAUUGGUCCUGGUUUUAAAUUUGAAUAAAACUACA